CUUUAUAGUAUUGUCUAUGAUAUAUGUCAUUUAUACAUUUGACUUACCAGGGAUUCAAUAAAAGGUGUAUUCUGAGGGAGAAUAGAUUGCUGUUUUAAUAAAUGAGAUGACUUCAGAUUCUACUCAACUUCCAUAUGAUUAUUAUGAUCUUGAUAUCUGCAAACCAAACUCCACUGAAAAUUAAAAUUAAAAUAUUGGAUCCAUGAUAUUAGGCACUUUAACAUAAUAGUCUAAAUAUUAAGUAAUAAAAUAACUAAUCUUAUAGAUAUAUAUGAAUUAUGAAAUAAUGGAUUAAAUAGUUUGUGUUAAAGAUUUUACAUAAACAGAACAGAAUAAUUUAAAAUGGUUCAUUGACCAUGAUUAUAGAGUCAAUAUGUAAAUAGAUGAUCUGCCAAUAUUAUCUAGAGAUUAUUUGAACAAUACUAUAAUUGGAGUACCUUUAGGGGUUAGAAAUAUCAAUUAGUAUUCUUUUUAUAAUCAUUACAAUUUCUUGAUAGAAAUUUAUAACACUACUAAAUCAGAAAUCAAUUAGACUUUUAGUAUUAAUUCAAUAAUAGUUUAAUUUGAAUCUAAAUGUAUGGAUAGUUCUGAAAUAGAUUCUGGAAUUAAUUGUCCAAUCAAUUAAAUGAUGAAUAUCACUUAUUCUGUUAAAUAUUUAAUGACUAACUCAUCUAAUAGAUGGUCAGCAUAUUUAAAUAUAGUAACUGAUUCUGAUUAACAAUGGGUUUCUAUUAGUAUCACUUUUACUAUCACUCUUUGCUUAACUGUUUUAAUUGCUUGGUUUAUUAGAUUUACCAUAAAAAGAGAUGUGUUAAAAUUUGAAGCCUUACCACAAGAAGAGAAUGAUGGAUUGAUUGAUUAAAUGGGAUGGAAAUAAAUUAGUAGAGAUGUUUUUAGACCUCCAUCAGGCAUAUUAUUUUUAAGUGUUUUGAUUGGUACUGGUAUUCAAUUUACUAUUAUGACUAUUUGUGUUUUCUUUUUUUCAUCAAUAGGAUUUCUCUAUUCUGCACAUACAGGAAAUUUAGCAACAUUUGUAAUUGUUAUUUAUGCUUUUACAGGCAGUUUGAAUGGAUACUAUUCUUCAAAAUUUUACAAGUAUUUUAAAGGUGAAUAUUGGUUAUUAUGUACAUUGGGAAGUAAUUUAGCCUUUCCAGUUAUGGCUUUAUUUAUAUUUGGCAUAGAAAACAUUGCACUGAUGUUUGAAGAAUCUUCAAGUGGAUUAGACUUUAAAUCUGGUAUUACAUUUAUUGCUUUAUAACUUGGUAUUCAAACACCUCUAAACUUACUUGGAUCAUUUAUAGGAUUUAAAUUGGAAUCCCCUAAAAAUCCAUGCAAAUAUGGGUAAAUUGCUUAGGAAAUUCCAUAGCAACCGUUUUAUAUGGAUUAUUUUUAUAGUUGUUUGAUUGGAGGACUUAUAUGUUUUAUGUAAGUUUCUUAUUUCUAAAUAGAUCCGUUGGUCUUGAGAUUAGUUAAGUAAUGUAAUUAAUUUGGAAGAAUUCUUAUUAUGAAUUCUUUGUUUCAUUAUUUUUUACUGCAAUUUUAUUGAUUAUUAUAAGUGCUGAAGUUUCAAUAUUAACUGUUUAUUUACUACUAUAAAAGUAAAAUCAUAGAUGGUGGUGGAAAGCCUUCUUUGUCCCUUUUACUUCAGGUGUAUAUUUAUUUAUAUAUUCAAUCUAAUAUUACUUGGAUUCUUUACAAUUUACAAGGUAUAUUUAAUAAAAUAUCAAGAUUUUCAACAAUUUUGUAUUAUUUUGGUACUAUGUAUAUGGUAUCUUUAUGUUUGGGAUUAAUAUGUGGAACAGUGGGAUUUUUAGCAAGUCACAUUUUUGUUAAAAAAAUAUAUUCAAUGAUCAAAUUAGAUUGA